AAUUUUCAAGUGCUUGUAUUUAGUGUAAUUUUCAAUGAAAAAGUGGUAUUUUCUAUCAAAAAUGGCAUUAUCGGAAGCGGGCGGACGUUAGUUCGACGAAAAACGUUCCAGUGGUGUGCGAAUCUAGGGUUGAACAUUAGAUUUUUGGUUUUUGUAAGAUUCGGCAGAGUGAAAAACAUAAACAUUACAAGUGAAAAAAAUAUUCAAAUAAUAUGCAAUCGCAUUACACCCUCGCCGAAGAGGAAGAUCCGGACGUGCUGGCCGAGGACAACACGCGGCCCUCGCUGCCGGAGGAUUUUCCCAACUUCCGGGACUUCCAGAUCGAAAAGAUGGUCCUGCACUUUCGCGUCGUGACGGACGGUUCCGAGCAGCGGCUCCGGCUGGGCUUCAAGUGCAAGCUGUGCCACGAAGUUUUUAACAAGACGAUGCAGCUGCUGGGCCACAUCCGGAAUCACUUUGAGGACCACCACAGCUGCCGGGACUGCGGCAAGUACUUCUUCGACACGAACAAGCUAAACAUUCACAAGAGGGCCAAACACACCCAGGCGCUUCGCUGCCAGCUGGGCUGCCCGAGCUACACGACGUCCAACAUCAAGUGUCUGCAGACGCACUACCUGCGGUAUCACUGCGUGAAGGUGCGCCCGCGGGAGAUGAAAAAGAUGGACGCUCUGGGGUCGCUGUUCCGCGUCAGCGAGGAUCCCGAGUCGAAGAUACGAAUACGGCGCGGCCAGCUGGCCGAUCAGCAGCGGGACUUUUCCGAAGUUGCCGGGUUGCUGUCGGUGCAACAGCAACAACUUCAGCAACAGCAGCAGCAUCAGCAGCAGUUGGGACAGAUUCAUCUGCAGCAGGUUGUUACGGUGGCGGAAGGUGCUGGUGGUGAGGGGGAUGAAGAGGAAGACGGGGAGAAUGAGGAAGAAGUGGAAACGUCGGAGGAGCAAGGCGAUGCCGAGCCGGAGCCGGAGGAGGACGAGUUUGACGAGCUGGACGAUUACGAGCAGCCGGUUGAGUGUUGCGUUUGCGACGUCUACAUUCCGAACGAGGAAAUCCUGCGGGAACACGAGGAAGUCAGUCACGCUAGUCCCUACAGUUGUAAGAUUUGUUCGAGUGCGUUCGAACAGCUGGAAGAUGCCCGCACUCACUACGAAACGCACGAGAAGGUCCCGGUUCUGCAGAGUGCGCCGCAGAUCCAAACCAUAACGUUGACCCCGGGACAGCACCUGCAGCAAACCGCCAUCCCAAUACAACACCAACAGCAAACAAACCCAACCCCGACCAUGACCACCAUGAUCAUCAUGCACAACGGCACGCCCGUCCUGGUCCCCGUACAAACCUUCGACAGCAGCCAACUGGUCCCGGCGGCGUUCCCCACCCACCAAACUCCCCAAGCCCAACAUGCAGCAGCCCCGCCAGGCACGGCCACCCUAACCCCGAUAACCACGGCCUGGCCAAUCGGCCAGUCGUUCCUACCCGUUCAAAAUCAAAUCGAAAUCAUUCCAAUCCACCAAGCGGCGGCCGCGACCGCCGGAACCGCCCCCAUCCAGAACAUCAUUAACGUGAGGCACCACGACCCGGGGUCGACGACGCCGCAAGGAAUUGUCAUCACACCCAUCGAUCAAAACUACCUGAGGCAUCAGCAGGCACUGCAAGCGCAGCUCCACCUGCAGCAACAGAUUCAACAAGCGCAACAGCAGCACCAACAACAGUAUCAACAACACGAAUCCCCCGAGACCUUGUCCCGGAUCACUUCGCAGCCCACGAUCUUCCCGAACCGACUGAAAAUAAUCUGCAGAUCGUCGUCCGUCGUGACCGGGUUCAGCUUGCACACAAACAGCACGUUCUCCGGCGGUGCCAUCUCCGCGUCCGGAAUGUCCCCGACAAUCUCCAGAAUCGUGGCCCGCGCCUUGGCCUCCUUCUCCGCCAUCAUCUCGGCAAUCUCCUCCGCACUCUUCCCCUCCGUAUCGUCAAUCUCCUCGUCCGCCGCGAUCCUUCCCCCGGCCAGCCGCUCCGCCGACGGCGACGGUGACCGACUCGGCACCCGGAAACCCCGCGGGUCCUCGAACGGAUCCUCCAGCACCACCGUGUGCUGUCCGCCCCCGUCCAGCGACAGCAGCUCCGGACCCAGCGUAAAGAAAAACUGCGACCCCAGCAAACCCUCCCCGGCGCAAACCAUCGACAGCAGGCCCGGCUCGGUGUGCUUAAUCUUCGGCACCGUUUCCCCCUCAAAGAAGUGUGCCACACCAGGAAACUGCUGGAGGUCCCCCAAAAUGGAGUCCGAGCAGAUCAAGGUGGAGCCCGAUUUCUACUUUCCAGUCGGUGAAACGUAUGCCGCAGAGGAGGACAACGCGGCAGAGGACGGUCUCGACGAAGAGGAGCUGCUCGAGAUGCACCAGAUCGACCUGGAUGACAGCCCGGUGAAGCCAAAGUUAGUUGCGAAUGACGACGACGACGGAAGUGGCCGUGAAGUCGAUAGUGAUAGUGGUGAAGGUGGUGGUGGUGGCAUCGUUAGUAAUAAGGAAGCUCUAGAAGCGAACAGACAGUACAAGUGUGAUGAGUGUGGGAAGGUGUUGGACACGGCGUAUCAUCUGCAACGGCACAAGAAGAUUCACACUGGGGAGCGUCCCAGUGUCUGCCGGCUGUGCGAUAAGGCGUUCAUUGAGCCAUCCGCGCUGAAGGUUCACCUGAGAAUCCACACCGGCGAGAAGCCGUUCCGCUGCAAGAUCUGCCCGCUUCGUUUCACACAAUCUUGCAACCUGCAGUCCCACUACCGACAAGUGCACGGUGUCGACCCAAGGGGUGAUCCCCAAUAUUUCCGCAAAAUGUGCCAGCUUCUGCAACAACAACAGCAGCAACAACAACAACAAGCCAAGCCCUCAGCAUCGACAACCUCACGCUCCAGGUCGCUGCCCAAGUUGACUCCCAAACCGAGCGAAGGACUUUGGGAGUGCUGCGUGUGUGACGAACCAUUCCAAGACCGCGAUCUGCUGCUGAUCCACGAGGAGACGCACGUUCCGGAAGCGCCCUUCGAGUGUCGUUACUGCACCACGGUCUACUCCGGGUUGGUCAACUUCCGAUCGCACGUCAACAUCCACCGAGUCAGCUUGCGCCAGGGAGGCUUUUCGGCUGCCGCGGCUCGCAGUCACUUCCAAUCGGGAGUUCGGGCGAAUGCCAGCGCGAUCGUUGCCGGUCGUAAACCCGUGGAGAACAGUGGCGAGAGUGACGUGGCGCUGAACACGAACCAGCCGUUCGUGCCGAGCAACGACAAGACGGCACCGUACAAGUGCGUCGAGUGCAAGCGCAACUUCCAGAAGCAAGAUCUGUACUCCCACAUGAAGGUACAUCUCAAGCAGAAGAACAUUUUCUCCAAGAAGAGUCUCAAGUGUGAAAAGUGCGGCCGCGUGUUUGAGAAGGAGUUGACGCUGAAGAAGCACAUGGACACCGUCCAUCCGACCAGCGCCAACGCCUUGCUACGGGAGGCACUCCGCGAGCAGAUAACCAAACGCACGCAGUCCCCUGCGACGGGGACGACAACCCUCAAGAUCUCCUCCGAAGUUGACCUGGUGCCGAUCGAGCCGCGUGUCAAACAGGAAGCGGCGGAAAGUGCCCUCGGCGAUGACGAGGUCAACUCGACGGUGUCGGACAAUCCCAUCCUGACGCAGCUGCUCAACAGCAACUCCAGCCCGCAGCUAUCCGUGGUGCCUGGUGGGAGCUCGCGUAGUCCAGUUGCUGGAGAACGUGGCGACGAGGGAGGAUUCGUGAUCAGUGCGGUGGCAACCGUGGAUCAUAGCUUUCUCGAGCAGUUGGACGCGAUGGAGCGGGGUACGCAGCAGCAGCAGGAGCAGCCGAUGCCAGCGCUUCGCCGGAUGCCCGUGCUGGAGGAGAGCUUACGUCGCCCUCCUGUAGGCUCCUCCCAGCCCGACCAGCAGCCCCCCACCGGGCCCGCUCCGCUCAGCUCGGGCACCUACAGCUGCGUGUACUGCCCGCGGACCUUCAACGAGCACUUUGGCUUCCGGCAGCACAUGCGCUCCAUGCACUACGACGAGAAGCGCCACAAAUGCCCGGAGUGCGGCAAAAAGUUCUCCCUCGGAAUUACGCUGGCCACGCACAUGCGAAUCCACACGGCCGUCCACCCGUUCACCUGUAUCGUCUGCUUCAAGACGUUCAGCCGGUCGGCGUCUCUCAAUGGACACCUGUCGAUGCAUUCAUACGGCGAGGUCAAGUGCGCCGACUGUGGCGAAACCAUGCUCAACGUGUUCAACUACAUGAAGCACAUCGAGAAGUUCCACCCGGACUUCCUACGUAACAUUGCCGCCUACCGGAAGAAGGCCGAAGCGAUGCUGCAGCGACGCCGCGAGCUGAUUGUCGAAAUCACCCGUGGCCUCGCCCAGCACCAGUCGGAAAUUCCGAACGUCCUGGCGCGACUCCGUGGCGAAGUCAACGCCGCGCCCCCACCGUCCGAGUCGUUCAAAAUUCGACUCGGCAAGCCGUACGCCCAAGAGCAGGACGAAGUGAGCUCCAGCGAGGGCGUCCUCGUCAAGCUUGAACAGCCCGACUCCGUCAGUGGUGGCGGCGGCAGUGACGAAGUGGUCGUCAGUUCGGCCUCGGACCACGAAACGCUGCCGGCACUGCGAGCCGAACUGCGGAAACGUCCCAGGAGUGGCCAGGAGGCGGAACCGGCGCGGAAAUCUGCCCGCACUGCCGGGUCGUCGUCGCCGAAUUUGAAGCGUCUGCUCGAGGCGGCCUCCCCGCUGGCCACGGUCAAGUGCGAACCCUCGUCGGAGUAAGCCGAGGUAAGGUAUUAUUUGCUCGUUCGUUUCAUCAAUCACUUUAGUCAACGUGUGUGUGACAUCGCUGUACAAAUGUCUCUGCUUAAUUUAUAACGUAAGAAGUGUCGUGCAGUAAAAUGGAAAUGAAAAGUUAA